AUGAGAGGUAGUUGUUAUGGUCGAUGUGUAAGCGAAACUUACGCGCUUUUUGUCCUCCUCACGUUCGUCUCCUCCUCCACCCACCCCAUCCCACCCCUUUCCCUCGACCCUCCCCUCUCCCUCCCCUCUCCCCCCUCCCACCCCACUCCCUGUUCCUUUCCAUGUUUCGCUCCGUUCGGCUCGAUUCAAGAUCUGCUGCGUCCAUCGAGCUCCAACAUGCAAAUACGGGAGAGCGAGAACGGGGUGUACAUCUCGGGGGUGGAGGAGGUGGAGGUGACGUGCGUGGAAGAUUGCCUCAAGCUGCUGGCUGUGGGCGAGAGGAACCGCACCGUCGCCUUCACAAAGAUGAACGCGCACUCGUCGCGCAGCCACGCCAUCGCGAUCAUCACAGUGGAGAAGAAGCGGCGGAAGGAAGCGGAGAGCAGCGACUCUGAGGCGCAUUCUGGGCCUGCAACUGCUUACAGCGGGGCACGGGAGCGACGAGCACCGCAAGCCAGAGAAGAAGGACAACAUCUCAACCCCUCCUCCAUUUCCUUCCCUUACUCUCCCCACCACUCUUCCCACCCACUCUCCUUCCUCACACUCAACCCAUCUCCCCCCCACUCUUCUCCUUCCUUCCGUCCACCUCUGCUCCACGGCCUAUCUCCGCGAACCCAGGAUUCUGGUGGGGAAGCUCUUUCUGGUGGACCUUGCAGGCUCAGAGCGGCUCAAGAAGUCAGCUUUGAGACGUUCCAUAACCCCUUUCCGCUUGGCAAACCACGUCUCCCUGCUUUUCCUUGUGCCCCUGCCUUGCCGCUCACAGCCAUCCUUUCUGGACACAUCUCACAACCAUCCGAUGGCUGUCUCCUUGUGCUCACAAACCAUCCUUGUCUCUUCAUCCGUUGCAGGGAAGUGCAUCAACGCCCGAGCAGACCCCCACGCGCACCAUGUGCCAUUCAGGGACUCGAAGCUCACGCGCCUGCUGCAGGAGUCGCUGGGAGGGACUCAAAUCUCACCCCCCUCCACGACCUUGUUGACCCCACCACAGGAAACGCCAAGACCUCGUUGAUCAUCAACGUGGCGCCCCACCGUCCACCAUCUCAACGAGUCCCUCUCCUCUACUCCCUUUCCCCUGCCACCCUCUCCCUCCCCCCCUCAACUACCUUGUUGACCCCCCACAGAAAACGCCAAGACCUCGUUCAUCAUCAGCGUGGCGCCCACCGGCCACCAUCUCGUAACAUGCUCUACUCCCUUUUCCCUGCUACCCUGCUACCCUCUCCCUCCCCCCCUUUUCGCCCCCCCACUACUUCCAGGCAACGCCAAGACAUCGCUGGUGAUCAACGUGGCGCCCACCGUCCACCAUCUCAACGAGGUCCCUCUCCUCGCUACUCUUCGGCUCUCGGGUAUGCUCUCCCCCCUGCUGCGAUGGAGGUGAAGACGAAGGCGAUGGUGAACGAGGAGGAGGAGUACCGCAUCCUCACUCGCACCCUGCAUGAAACAGCCACUGAAAGACCUUGUGUGACCUUGCUCUCUGCUUCCCGCUCCUUCCCCUGCUCCCUUCCCCUGCUCCCUUCCCCUGCUCUCUGCCCCUGUUCUCUACCCCUGCUCUUUGCCCUCCUCUUUGCGAUGGAGGUGAAGACGAAGGCGAUGGUGAACGAGGAGGAGGAGUACCGCAUCCUCACUCGCACGCUGCAGGAGACCAUCGACGAGCAUGACGACCGCGUGCACUCCCUAGAGGUGGUGGUCUAUUCGCAGGAGGAGCAGCUGUCGCAGGCCAAGGCGAGUCUGGAGGAGCAGAAAGAACUGGUGGAGACGCUGCAGGCGGAGAGGGAGGAGAUGGAGCAGAAGCUGGCUGACGGGGUUGCUGCAGUGGAAGAGGAGUGGGCUGCCAAGGCGCUGCAGGCGGAGAGGGAGGAGAUGGAGCAGAAGCUGGCGGAGAGGGUGGUGCAGUGGAAGAGGAGUGGGCUGCCCAGUGAGUUGGCUAAGGGGGGGAUGGUAAGGAUGUGGUUGGAGCAGGCUGAAGCGGAAGCGACGCAGCGAAUGGAGGAGGCACAGCAGACCUUCACCGAGGAGGGAGCAGGCGACGCAGGGCAAGAGCUGAUGGCUGAAGAGGCUUCAAAGGAGAGCGAUAGUGGGGAGAAGGGCAAUGAGGGGGGACUUGUGGAUGGUGAGGGCAGUGGGGAUGGGGAGGAAGAGGGCAGUGAGGAUUGGGAGGAUGGCAGUGAAGUGAAGGAGCUCCUUGGUGCUUUCACCUCUGUGGCUCUCACCCACGUGCAGGUCUGCCACCCCCCCUCUUCCCCUCGCUCUCUCUCUCAUACAUUCUCAUGCCCUGUCUGUCACCCGUAUCUUGCAUGUGUGCUGCCUUUGUGUGGUGUUGCCUUCUCACAUUGCUACUACCGUCUGCAGAAUCUCUCCAAGGCCACGGAGUGCCUUACGAUGGAACGGGAUGAUAUGGCCAAAGAGCUGGCAUCGGCCCGAGAAAUGGUGCAGCGGCUGGAGCAGCAGCUGAGGGAGGCGCAGGAGGCGAAGGGGCAGCAGGAGGAGGCUCUGCUAGUCGCUUCUGAAUCAGGGGACGUGGUGCAGCGGCUGGAGCAGCAGCUGAGGGAGGCGCAGGAGGAGAAGGGGCACCUGGAGGAGGCUUUGCUAAUCGCUUCUGAAUCAGGGGACGUGGUGCAGCGGCUGGAGCAGCAGCUGAGGGAGGCGCAGGAGGAGAAGGGGCACCUGGAGGAGGCUUUGCUAAUCGCUUCUGAAUCAGGGGACGUGGUGCAGCGGCUGGAGCAGCAGCUGAGGGAGGCGCAGGAGGAGAAGGGGCACCUGGAGGAGGCUUUGCUAAUCGCUUCUGAAUCAGGGGACGGUGCUGAUGGCACUGGCGCUGGGCUGCAGCUGUUGAUGACUGAGAAGGCGGCACGGCAGCAGGCAGAGCAGGAGGUGGCAGCAUUGAGAGGGGAGAUGAGCCGUGGACGGGUGAAGUUGGAAGAGACUGAGAAGAAGCUGGCACAGCAGAUAGAGGAAACCACACAGCGUGUUGAGCAGGUGAGGGCGCUCAAGGCGGAGAGCAAGAGGCUGAAUGAGCUCGUGGUGGCAACCAGCAGGGCGCUCGUGGCAGGAGCAGCCGACGCUCCUGGCAGGGCUCUGUCCUCCCUUGAUUACCACUUCUGUGCUCCCAAGAUCAAGACCUGA